AUGAUGACCAUAACCCAAAUGGAGAGCACCGUGUGCUACAACAACGGCUACGAGGAUGAGUAUAUGCUUCAGGAGGAUGAGUGGGACCGGGACAUGCUGCUUGACCCGGCAUGGGAGCAACAGCAGAGGAAAACUUUUACUGCUUGGUGCAAUUCCCACCUGAGAAAAGCUGGUACUCAAAUUGAAAACAUCGAAGAAGACUUAAGAAAUGGACUGAAACUCAUGCUUCUUCUGGAAGUGAUCUCAGGUGAGAGAUUACCAAAACCGGACAGAGGAAAGAUGCGCUUUCACAAGAUUGCCAACGUCAACAAAGCACUGGACUUUAUCACGAGCAAAGGGGUAAAACUGGUAUCUAUCGGAGCUGAAGAGAUUGUAGAUGGAAAUGUAAAGAUGACCCUUGGAAUGAUAUGGACAAUAAUUCUCCGCUUUGCCAUUCAGGACAUUUCUGUUGAAGAAACAUCUGCCAAAGAGGGUCUCCUCUUGUGGUGUCAGAGAAAGACUGCCCCCUACAGGAAUGUCAAUGUCCAAAACUUCCACGUCAGCUGGAAGGAUGGCCUGGCCUUCUGCGCCCUGAUUCACAGACACAGACCUGACCUGCUCGACUACUCUAAGCUCAGCAAGGAUGAUCCUCUGGGGAACCUGAACCUGGCUUUUGAACUAGCCGAGAAACACCUGGACAUUCCCAAAAUGCUCGAUGCAGAAGAUAUCAUCAACACCCCUAAGCCUGAUGAAAGAGCCAUUAUGACCUACGUGUCCUGCUUCUAUCAUGCCUUUGCUGGUGCAGAGCAGGCCGAGACAGCUGCUAACAGAAUCUGUAAGGUGCUAGGUGUAAACCAAGAGAAUGAGAAGCUGAUGGAAGAGUAUGAGAGGCUGGCCAGCCAGCUGCUAGAGUGGAUUCGCCGCACCACUCCCUGGCUGGAGAACCGGACCCCAGAGAAGACCAUGGCAGAGAUGCAGAGGAAGCUGGAGGACUUCCGGGACUACAGGCGCCAGCACAAGCCUCCCAAGGUGCAGGAAAAGUGCCAGCUGGAAAUCAACUUUAACACCCUGCAGACCAAGUUGCGCAUCAGCAACCGACCUGCCUUCAUGCCCUCCGAGGGGAAAAUGGUGUCUGAUAUUGCCACAGCAUGGCAGGGCUUGGAGCACGCGGAGAAAGGCUACGAGGAGUGGCUCCUCACAGAGAUUCGCAGAUUAGAGAGACUGGACCACCUGGCUGAAAAGUUUCGCCAGAAAGCCACCAAUCAUGAAAACUGGGCCAGCGGCAAAGAAAUGUUGCUCUCCCUGAAGGAUUACGAAACCGCUACCCUGACACAAAUAAAAGCAAUGCUUCGGAAACACGAGGCCUUUGAGAGCGACUUGGCAGCUCACCAGGACAGAGUGGAGCAGAUUGCCGCCAUUGCACAGGAGCUCAACGAGCUGGAUUACCACGAUGUGGCAGCUGUGAACCAGCGGUGCCAGAGCAUCUGUGACUUAUGGGACAGACUAGGAACCCUCACCCAGAAAAGGAGGGAGGCAUUGGAGCGUACAGAUAAGUUGCUGGAGACCAUCGAUCAGUUGUUUCUGGAGUUUGCCAAGCGCUCGGCUCCUUUCAACAACUGGAUGGAGGGUGCCAUGGAAGACCUCCAGGACAUGUUUAUGGUCCACACUAUAGAUGAAGUCCAGAGUCUAAUUGCAGCUCACGAGCAGUUCAAAGCGACUCUCCCGGAGGCGGAUGCUGAGCGACAGGCCAUCCUGGGAAUCCACAAUGAGGUGCAGAAAAUCUCCCAGAGCUACGGGAUCAAGGCCAACAUUAUCAACCCUUACAGUACCAUCACGACCGACGAGCUCCUCGUCAAAUGGGACAAGGUUAAGAAGUUGGUUCCUCAGAGAGACAGUGCCAUGCAAGAAGAGCUGGCACGCCAGCAUGCCCAUGAAAGGUUGAGGCGGCAGUUUGCCGCUCAGGCUAAUCUAAUUGGACCAUGGAUCCAGGCCAGGAUGGAGGAGAUUGGACGCUGCUCCCUGGAGAUAGGGGGCACCUUGGAGGACCAGAUGACCCAACUGAAGCAGUGCGAGCAUGUCAUUGUUGCUUACAAGCCCAACAUUGACAAACUGGAGGGAGACCACCAACUCAUCCAGGAGUCACUGGUGUUUGACAACAAACACAGUAACUACACUAUGGAGCAUAUCCGUGUUGGCUGGGAGCUGCUCCUCACAACGAUUGCCCGCACCAUCAACGAGAUUGAAACUCAGAUCCUGACCCGCGACGCCAAAGGCAUCAGCCAGCAACAGAUGAACGAAUUCAGAUCUUCUUUCAACCAUUUUGAUCGGAAAAAGAAUGGUGCCAUGGAAACAGAUGACUUCCGAGCCUGCCUAAUUUCAAUGGGCUAUGAUUUGGGUGAGGUUGAGUUCGCCCGCAUAAUGAUCCUCGUCGACCCCAACGGCACUGGAAUCGUGUCCUUCCAGUCUUUCAUUGACUUUAUGACUCGAGAAACUGCUGAUACUGACACUGCCGAGCAAGUUGUGGCAUCCUUCCGGAUUCUGGCGGCUGAUAAGCCCUACAUCCUGGUGGAGGAGCUGAGGAGAGAACUUCCACCCGAGCAAGCCGAAUAUUGCAUCAUGAGGAUGCCGCCUUACAAGGUCCCAGGAGCGCCACCGGGAGCGCUGGACUACACAGCUUUCUCCACCGCCCUCUACGGAGAGAGCGAUCUCUAA